GCACGUACACGUGACGCGGAGAGAUGCACACAUGCUCAGAGCCGGCUGCCGGUGUCCCUCAGGUUGACGUUUUGCCGAGCUUCCCCGUGGCUGCUGUCAGACAAAGUCGAUAGGAAAUCCCGUGCUGCUCGCAAAUGGCCGCACCUUUGAAAGUAUGCAUUAUUGGCUCUGGAAAUUGGGGCUCUGCAAUUGCAAAAAUAAUUGGAAACAAUGUAAAGAAGAUUCAGAAAUUUGCCACAACAGUCAAUAUGUGGGUCUUUGAAGAACUGGUUAAUGGAAGGAAGCUAACUGAAAUUCUAAACCAAGAACAUGAGAAUGUUAAAUAUCUGCCAGGAUACAAACUGCCUGAAAAUGUGGUUGCGAUUCCAGACGUGAAGGAGGCUGUACGUGGUGCAGAUCUGUUAGUAUUUGUUGUACCCCAUCAAUUUAUCCGUAAACUGUGUGAUGAAAUAAUUGAUCAAGUGCCCCAGAAAGCUCUUGGCAUAAGUCUUAUAAAGGGAAUUGAUGAAGGUCCCGAAGGACUAAAAUUGAUCUCUGAAAUAAUCAGGGAGAAAAUGAAGAUUGAUGUUAGUGUAUUAAUGGGGGCCAAUAUAGCCAAUGAGGUUGCAGCGGAGAAAUUCUGUGAAACUACAAUAGGCAGCAAAAAUGUACAAAAUGGAAACCUUUUCAAAGAGCUUCUGCAAACAUCCAAUUUCCGGAUAAGUGUGGUGGAAGAUGCGGAUACUGUGGAACUGUGUGGAGCACUAAAGAACAUUGUUGCUGUUGGUGCUGGUUUCUGUGAUGGUCUUUGCUGUGGAGAUAACACUAAAGCUGCAGUGAUUCGCCUGGGCUUAAUGGAGAUGAUUGCGUUUGCCAAACUCUUUUGCAAAGGAACAGUGUCUGAGACAACAUUCUUGGAAAGUUGUGGUGUUGCAGACGUUAUUACAACUUGUUACGGUGGACGAAAUCGGAAGAUUGCAGAAGCUUUUGUAAAAACUGGAAAGACUAUUGAACAGUUGGAACAGGAGAUGUUGAAUGGCCAGAAACUCCAAGGUCCUCAGACUUCAGUGGAAGUGCAUCAGAUUCUCAAACAGAAGGGAAUGGUAGAUAAGUUUCCUUUGUUCACUGCAGUGUACCAGAUUUGCUAUGAAGGCAAGCCAGUGAAAGACUUGAUAGCCUGUCUGCAGAGUCACCCAGAACACAUGUAGAAUACUGAAUUACUUAGUGUUCCUCUUGCAUGGGGAUAGUAUGAAAUAAUCAAGUGUGGAUCACCAACUAGAAGAGAUCGUGCGCAACUAACUAUGAAGUAUACUGUGUGACACCAAUCGGUCAUAUCAGUAAGUGAGCCUGACCUUCAAUGGAGGUUCCAUUGUAUCGUCAGUUAAUGUUUGCAAUGUUGUGAUUAACUGAAGUAAAUUUACAGUUAAUGCCUUAGUGGGCAAGAGGCUUAAUGAGUGCCUGUUCAUGAUGGAAAUACAAUAGCAGCUGGAUUGCAUGCACAUUGGCAUGAUAUUCGGGUAAGCGUUUGUGCAUCAAUUAAUUUAGUUCUUAAAUGUUGGAUCAAGAUGCUCAUGAAAGUCUGUUGUCACUAAUUGUUUCGCUUUAUUACAGAAGAGUGCCCAAUUAUUAUAAAAUUCUUACUAAAAGGUUAAUUUUAUUAUUAAUAUGAUUUUCUGAAAAUCCAUUAUUUUAAGACAUUGUUGUCUGUUAUAAGCAUGUGAUGUUUACUAUAAUUAAUUGCACACCUUGCUUCUUCUAGGUUUUGGCAGAGAAGUGAACAAAACGCCAUUUAAAAAUCAAAUAGACUUUCUUAGAUCAAAACAAUUUAGUGAUAUCUUAUGUUGUUAAGUGACAAUGGAGUGUCUAUUCUUAAUGGUAGGACUUUGGCCAUGAACCCGAAGUUUGAGUUCAAGCCCCAGUCUAGAGACUUGGGCACACAAUCUAAGGUGACACUUCAGUGUAGUAUUGGGAGAAUGUUUACAUAUGCAAUUAUAGUUCAAAAACGUAAUUGGCUUUAAAACACUUCGGGACAUUCUAAGUCAUGAACAAUGUUAUGUCAGUGCAAGUUUUCCAUUUCUUCCACGUGGCAUUUCUGAGACUAUUGCCACAUGGUAUUUUGUAUUGUUCGUAGGCUGACCUGCUAAUCCACCAUGCUGUGUUCUUUUUUAAUUAAUGCAAGCUAGUGUCCUAAUUACAACUGUGGCCAGACAAGCAAUGGGAAGCUUGCAGGUGGUGUAUGAUAGUAGGGUGAAACCUCUAGCUGAUUAAAUUCCAGCACAUCCCACAUGCUUUGGGAAAUCUCUAAACCUUGACUCUGCCAAUCUACAGUUAAAUUCUUUUUGCUAUACUUUUGGUUUCUCUCAUUUACCUUCUUCCCUUUCUUCACUGUCUCCUUCUCUUGUAUUUCAUCACGGACUGGUUGAGAUUCACUUCACAAUCGCAUUUUAAAUUUGUUCAUCUUCUAUUCUCCACCUAUGUACUUUAUAUGUCAUUCUAUCUAUUUUCUUCUGUGUAUUUACCGUUCUAAUUUUAAAAAUAAUCUGUUCAUCUGAAAUAUAUUCUAGUCCUGAGGAAGAAAUUUUGGACCUGAAACAUUACUUCUGUUUGCUCUCAGAUGUUGUCUGUUCUGACUAUUUUCCAACCUUUAUUCUUUACUUUUAAUUUUCAGAUUUCUGACAUAUUUUGCUCUCUGCAAGGCACUCAGUGAGCAAUCCACACUGGAUAAGCAGAAACUCUAUUUGUAUACAUUUCUCAUGAACUUGAAUUCAAAACUCAAAACUAGUGACAGGCUUGAAAUAAAAGUUCUGAGAUCUCAACUGAAUGAUGAUGGGUUUUUAUAUAUGUCAUGCAUCAAACAAAAAAGGUACUCUGCUUUAUUCUCCAUUCACAUGUGAAGUAAAAAUGAUUUGUAAAUAAAUUGGAUCUCAUUACUGAUACAGGUGAGAAUUUUAAAUAUCCCAUCCUGGUCCCUCCCAACAAUAAAGGAUGAAGCUGACUUAGAGAUUGGUGUGGUGGAUGUUAAAUCUUGAACAUCUGAAAGAUGACUCCAACAUUCCCAUUUCUGGAUUUAUCAGAGACAGGAAGACUAGUCUGCUCAUAGGCAUGAGUUGACCAUUCCACUGCAUACCUAAGAUUUAGUUUUUACUUUAAAUUUCUCAAAGGCUGAUCAGCUUUCCUGGGAAGCCCAGUUGUUAAAGAAAGGCAAGGAGUGAUGGAUCCGGUUAAGUAAGUGGCCAUUCUCCCCACCAUAUCCCUCGUAUCCCUUACGUGAUCAAAGAACAUGAUGUCCAUCAGCCACAGAUUUCUAUUUUGGGUUUUCGGUAAUCCUUCCCCCCAGUCACACCCUGUAUAUCACUGUCCAUCUGAUCCACAUCCCCUGACUCAGCACCUCCCUUCCCUCUGCUCUGAGGCUACAGUCCAGUGCCACAGGCCUUUCUGUCCAGCUAGCCUGUCUGACUACCUCUUCACAUGACUGGCUCCAGCUGGAAAACCAAGACAAAAAUGUGGUCUGCAGAAAACCCAUCUUCCAGGUUUCCUGUGAAACUAACUCACUCUUACCUUCAAGUCAUGGUCAGGUCACUGCAUUUGAAUUGGUAGUUGAGUAACACCGGUUUACUUAUAAAGGUUCUGGACUCUUAAAGUUAUAAUAACACAAGUCACCCAACAGAAGUCAGGCAGUUAGACAGAUAAAUUUGCCCAGGUAACUUACCAACCUGGAUCUGCCACGUACCGACUUCCAAAUGUAUCCUCUUAUUUUGAGCAGGUGAUAGGGAGACCUGCUCAAACUGAUGAGACCUUCUUUUUAAAAAAUGCCCACCCCUCCCCAGCCCCACCACCAUGGAGGUAAUUUCUGCCACUGAACCCCGUUUCAAUGUUGCACCUGUUCUGUGCACAUUUGCAGUGUACACCUUACACAUGACACAAUGACAUAGAGGGUCUGGAACUGUGCGCACACAUGUUUUCAAGUGAAAAUGCAGGCCCUGGAGUUUUGGUGUCAGCAAACACUGCCCUUUUGAAAUGUAAAAACUGAAAGAACUGCAGAUGCUGUAAAUCAAAAAUAGAAAUUGCUUCAAAGCGUCAUUCAACUCAAAACUCUGAUUUCUCUCCACAGAUCCUGCCCUGCUGAGCUUUUCCAGCAAUUUCUAUUUUUGUCUUUUAAAAUGUAUAUUUGGUUCUGAGGGUAUCUUUGGGAGCUGACUGUAAUUUUACCUUGUUCCCUGAGCAGGAGAGUAAGAGAGAAUAAACUGCAGGUUUAGAUGACAAAGACAUACUUUACUAAAAACUUCUCCUGCAGGGGCGCUACUCUGUGCAUCACUAGGAUAGCAUGGGCCUCCCUUGUCAAUUUGUUCCCUCAUCAACUCUCACCACUACUAUCUAUCCAAAACUGGUUCAAAGAUAAAAUCAGCCCUCCAUUGUCUCUCAGUUUUACGCACUGAUUUAGGAUAUUUGUACUGGCACUUCACACUAUAACAACAGGUAUCUUGUUUACAUAGGGACGUCUAACUAUAAUACAUUAGCAGCUUUGAGUUAAGGCAUCUCUGCAACAAUCUGCUGGUCCUGUGGAAUUUGCUAGACUUUGUGCAGCUCAGGUUCCGCUGUACAUAACAACAGACAAAGAGCUUAUCCACUCUGGUGGCAGGGUAAAAAGACACAGCAAACCUGUCAGUAUUUAAAGGGGACAGUAAAAAGGUUUUGUUGAACUGAUUGUACACACCCAUUUCAGGAAGAGGGGGGUGAGAUAUGCUAAUUAUUGUGAGGAAGUUGAGUAGCUUGGAGACAGAUUUUUAAUUGCUGGACAGAUGGAAAUUGUGAUUGAUAUAUUUACUUGUUUGAAAAUUGCAAUUGGUGACUUCUGGCUGCAUAAUCUCCCCUGGUGCUUUGUACAGGCCAGUUGAGAUAUUGAGGAAACCCUCAUUAAAUUACUACUUUAUGAAAUCCUUUCAUUUUGAUUUAGUAUAAACCUCUUAGCACUGAGACCAAUGUAUUGUUCUAUGCAUUCAAACUAAAUUAUUUGAGGCAGAUCAGGCCUCAUUUUCUUGAAAACAAAUACACUACAUUGUUGGUGACUUCGUGCACCACGAUAUGAAAAGAUGCAGAUUGCAGCAGCUUUUCUACAUUUGUCUCAGGACUGCACUGGGGAGCAGACCAGUCUUUGCUUUAAAGGAGGCAGGUGGAAAAUGAGUUAUCAAGAACAAUACUUAAAAUACAACCAGGCUGACCAGGCCACCAAAUCUCACUCAGGAAAGUAAUUGUGUGAUUGGAGAUAGAAAAAAAAAUUGUACUAAUGGCAAAGGAGAAAAAAAAAGUUACACUGCUUCUUUUAAAAGAAAACUUAAUUUUGCCUAUCGCUCCUGCAGAGAGUUCACUGUUGCAUUUUCUGGAUUAAAAAUUGAUGAAGCCAAGAGACCGAUUGAUAUCUUUCCCACAUGGCCAUUAAUCAAGCUGAAUAUCAAUGAAUAUGAUAAUAGAGCAUUGUUGUUGAACCUAAUGUCAUCUGUACACAAUAUGUGUAUACAUCCAGUUUCAGCAGAGAUCACUAUUUAACUACCUCACUGAAUCAAGGGCUCUGAGACCGAUAUUUAGUGCCAACAGUGCGCUGAGGUCAGAGAAACUCCCUUCCAGACUCUACAAAGCCUGUACCAUCCACAAGGGAAAAAUCAGGAAUGUGAAUGGAAUGCUCUGCACUUGCUUGGAUGAAGUAGCUUCAGUAACACUUAAGAGAUUUAACACUAUUCCAUGCAAAGCGGCCUGUUUGAUUGGCACUCUAUCCACCACCUUAAAUGUCUCUCCCUUCAACACUGACAUACUGUGGCAGCAUUGUGUACCACCUAGAAAUUGCACUGCAGUUCCCCAAAGUUCCUUCAAUAGCACUUUGUAAACCUCUACCACCUAGAAGGACACAGCAAUGAAUGAAUGGGAACACUAACCUGCAAAUUCCCCAAGUGCCCCUUCUGAUCACUUUGACUUGAAACAGUAUUGCUGUUCCUUCAUUCUUGCUUGAUCACAGUCCUGAAGCUUCCUUCCCACCAGCACUGUUGGUGUAUCUACACCACAUGGACUGCAGUGGUUUAAUAAGGUGGCCAACACUGUUUCCUCAGGGAUAAUUAGGAAUGGGCAAUAGGUGCUGGCCUUGACAGUGAUGUUCAUGCCUUGUAAUCAAAUGAAAAUAAACUGGUGGCAAGCCAGAGUUCCUGCUUGCAUUCUGUAUUGAGGUAUAAAGGUAGAAGAGGAUGAAAGGCUGUAGAAACAGUGUGGUUAAAAGACCUCUGUGCAGGGAGAAACAGUUGACAUUUAUGUCAGUAUUUUGUCAGAACUGAAACUUUUUUGCAUAAAGCUUGUAAUACUUAUUUAAAACCUAAACUGUUUUAAAUGGCUUUUUAUUUGUUAAUUAAUACAAGAUCUGUAAAAUGGUCUUCUUUUAAAUUGUGGUAAUCAGAAAUGUUCAGACCUAAUUUUAUGAAGAGUAUGCUCUGAAAGAGUGACAAAUGUGUAUGGAAAGUGUGACCAAGUGGUCCCACUAGAGAAAAUUAAACACUGCCAAGGAAGGUGUGCAAUAAAUUAUUGAUACUGCUAUAAAUGUAAAGAAGUGAAAUUGUGAAAAAAAUGAAUUAGAAAUGAAAUGUUUUACAAAUGUAAUUUAUUAACUUUUUAACUCUGCAAGUGGAUGGAUGACUACAAUGUAAUUGUGUAAUAUUUCAUCACUUAUUGGAAUAUCAAACUUGCGCAUUAACAUUUUAAAAUAAAGAUUAAAAGUGUUCUGA